UUUGGGCUGGGAUACCGUUGUCCUCCUUAUCAUCCAACCAUAGGUUGGUCCAUCAAAAAGUGUUUUUUUUACAAUAAGAACCAAAUAAAUUAAAAUGAUUUUAGGGAAGUAAAUUAAAAUAACUAAAGAAAGAAAACAAAAUAAGAAAACAAAAACAAAAAGAGAACCCACAUGGGCCAGCCCAGGUAGUUGGUUUCUAGCUCGCUCUCGUAUUACCCGCUAGGGGCAUUCGCCAUUCCCCAAACCCUCCCCCACCAUCAUCUCAAGCGCCACCGGUCGCCGGCACGACCCGAUCGCCGUCCGCGCUUGAACGGAUGUGGUGGCAAGCUACUCCUCAUACGGCCUCCUCGGAGAUUUCUCGGCUUAGUGAGCCCGGGGCAGCGGACUCGCGUGGCUAUGGGUGUCCCAGAGCGUAAGAAUAAUCAAGAGCAGAUCUGAUUGGGUAGGUGCUGCACAGGAAGAGGAGAUGUCGCCAGAGCCAGCGGCGAAGCGUGCGAGCUCAGGCGGCGGCCAAGCCGUCGCCUUCGCGGGCGACCGUCUAAGCAACCUGCCGGACGGCCUCCUCCACGCCGUCAUGUCCUUUCUCCCGGCCCCGCAGGUCGUGCGGACGAGCGUGCUGUCGCGGCGGUGGAGGGACCUCUGGCGCUCUACCCCCUGCAUAAGCAUCGAAGAGCGCGACUUCGAGAUUACCACUGGGAGUGGGGCAGGGGGUGGCCUCGACGAGCGGGAGGAGAGAUGGCGCAAGUUCGAGGACUUUACCACCAACCUGCUCUUGUUCCACGACAAUGUCGCGUCCUUGGAUAAGUUCCUGCUAUAUGCUAGUGCUACUCGUGCCUGUGCACUUCGCCUCCGAGACUUGGAUAGAUGGGUGCGACGUGGUAUCAAAUACUGCCCCCAAGUGAUAGAGAUUAUUAUCUCUUCGUGUCCUCGCAUUCAGUUUCCUCAUAUGGGAGCGAGUUCUUCCCGCCUCAAAAGCUUGCAUCUUUAUGGUUUCUAUCUGAACAACCAAUUCGCCGAGCUGCUCUGUUCCGGGUGCCCUGUCCUGGAAGAUUUGGUGCUCAGGAGCUGCGUCAAAGGUUUUCAAGAAAUUAAGUCACGCACAUUGAAGAAGCUUGUUGUCGACUCCUGUCGCAGUCUCUCUGGUGAUCCGGUGGUUAUCGUGGCACCCCGUGUUGCGUAUCUCCAACUGGGUAUUUCAUAUGGAUGCUAUUCCAACGGUAUUUCGAUAUAUGAGACAGCUUCUCUUGUGAAAGCAUCAAUUCAUUUGCUUUGUCUUGGUGAAACAUUCAAUUUGAAAUGUCAACAACGGCUUCUCGGUAACCUGUGCAAUGUGCCGAAUCUGGAGCUAUCGGGUUUCGACGCAAUGGCGAUGCUCGUUGAGGAAUCGGUUAAAUUCCCAAUAUUUUCUAACCUGCAAACCUUGUCACUUGAACAAUGUUUGCUUGAUAAAUGUGAACUCAACACCAAGCUGGACGCUUUGUUCAAAAUGCCCCUUGUUUGGAGAAGCUUACCUUGCAGUGCUGCAUGUUUCCAGUAGAAUCAGCGAAAGAGGGGCAGCUCGUGAGAAAAAACAUAAUUCUUCAGCGACAGGACCAAAAUACUUUCCAGUGCCUGAAGUUGAAGCUCAUAGAAGUUGUGUAUGAGGAGGACCAUGAUCACCAACUGGUCGAACUUUUGUGGGGAAUUGGGAGGAGGCUACCAAAUGCCAAUAUCAUACUCAACAAUUAUUUUAUGGAUUAAAACUUUCAUCAUGCGUAUGGUAACUUCGCCAUGAUCCUCGUUGUGUCAAGGGUUAUUCUUUGUUUAUUGGUACUUAAUUUGCUAGUACUGGUACUUCAAAACAGGUGAAAUAAAAGUUGUUGACAUGGUAAACUUCUGUAUAAUAUUCUCACUACAGCACAUCGAAUGGGGCAUAGAAGUUGAAUUAUGUAUUCACUUUGUUACCCGCUUUUGGACUGCCAAAUAUGUUGCUAGUAUGUUUAUGCA